AUGCGGCCCUCAAUCGCUAGACAAGCCCUCGCUGGCGCUGCCACCGUGUCCGCUCUGGUCCUCCCACUUCAGCCCCCAAGUCCCGUCGAUAGGCGGGCAGAGCUCGUCGACCUAGCACCGUUUGGCAGCUUCCCAACCAUCACGCCCGAGGAAGCCAGCUCCAGGGCUGAGAAGGGGCUCAGCUUACUGUUCGGCUCCGGUGCCUUUGGCGAGGAGCCGUGGUCGCCGCCCAGUAACGCGGAGAUCGAGGACGUCGAUGCCGCCGACAGCAGCAUGAAGGCCACGGAAGAUGUCCAAGAUGACAGCACAACGCAGGCCGCGGCCGCCGGAACCUGCGACGCCAACAACCCCAACAUCCGCUUCGAGUGGCGCAACUACCAGGACACCGACCGGGCAGCCUUCGUCGCGGCCAUCCAGUGCCUGAAGGCGGCGCCCUCGGCCGGUAGCCCCUUCACAGCUUCACAAAACAGAUACGAAGACCUCGUCUCGGUGCAUCAGCAGAUGACCGACCAGAUCCACAUGGUAGCCCAGUUUCUGCCGUGGCACCGCUACUUCGUCUGGGUCUUCGAGCAGCUGAUGCGGGACGAGUGCGGCUUCGACCGCGCCUUUCCCUGGUGGGACGAGACGCUCGACGGGGGCAACUUCGCCGCCUCGCCGCUGUUCACGGAUGCCUACUUUGGGCCGGCGACUGCGGUGACAGCGGAUGGCCAGGGUACCUGCAUCGAGUCGGGCGCGUUCGCCAACACCACGCUGCACGUUGGCCCAGGCACCGGCAACUCGGAUCACUGCCUGUCGCGCGCUGUGAAUGAGACGCUGUCGGCGACCGUGAGCUCGAGCUUCGUCAACGACUGCAACUCGCGCACGACGUACUCCGACAUGGAAAGCUGCCAAGAACUCGGUCCCCACGCCUACGGCCACAACGCCAUCGGCGCCGUCAUGGCCGAGGUGUCGUCGUCGGUCGGCGACCCCAUCUUCUUCAUGCACCACCUGUUCGUGGACCACACGUUCCGCAUCUGGCAGAACGCCGACGCCGCGCGCCUGACCACCAUCAACGGUUGCGCCGACAAGGCCAGCCCCUGCACCGCCGUGACCAUGGACACGGUGCUGAGCUCCAUGGGCCUGCGGCCCGACACCACCGUCGGCGCCGUCAUGGACACGCUGGGCGGGUUCCUGUGCUACCGCUAUGACCACUGA